GGCUUGAGGGGUAAUUAUAAAGCAAAACGGGUCGCUGAGGCACCGCGGGAUAGACAACAAGGCUAAUACCUAAGCUAUGGCGACGGCGUUGGUGCGAUCUACUCUUCUUCGAACCGCUCUGCGAGGAGGCGGACGAGGAUCCGCUGUUCCCCGCAGAAACUUCUCUUCCUCAGCUCAUCACGACGAUGCUUACGAGACAGCCAAGUGGGAGAAGAUUACUUAUCUUGGCAUUGCUACCUGCACUGUUUUAUCCAUUUAUCAGCUAUCGAAGGGUCAUCAUCACCAUGAAGAGCCUCCGGCGUACCCAUAUUUACACAUCCGCAAUAAGGAAUUUCCAUGGGGUCCAGAUGGUCUUUUUGAAGUGAAGCACUAGUAUUGGUGUCAUGCUCAGGUUAUUUUGCGGCACACUGACGCUUUACUUUGAGCCAUUUCCCUUCCCUUGUCAAUGUUCAAGACCACACCGAUGACGGCAUUUUCGUAUUUUUUCAUGAAAUUCGAUCUGGAUCUUGCAGCACAUUUGUUCAUGUCUGCUUCCCAUGCAUUCAAGUAAAAUAAAGUUGCAAUUACAUUUGAUCGUUUGUUUCUGUUCUCGAUCAAUCGUUUGACAACUUCCAAAGAAUUUGAUUAAAGACAAAACAAGGCUAAAGCGAUUGAUUUUUUUUUUUCUUAGGCCUGAUUGACUGUUUGAGAGACCCAUUUUGGUAAUGCACUACAUAUUGGAGUAUAAUUGUAAACGUGAAAUCAGACCCACUGGAUUAAGAUGAAAUUUUUGUACGUUUUGAAUU